CUAUCUGAAUUAUAUUUCGCAGUAUGUUUAUAUACGCCAUGCAUUUCUAAUGUAAAAUGUUUGAGUUUUAUAGCAGUUGUUGGAAGGCGAUAUGAUUUUUUACGUAGUAUUUUUAGUAGUUUUGCAAAGUUUCACUAAUAAUGUAGAAGCAACUCACAAAAUGUCUGCAACUGUUAAACCGAAAAUGGAUAGAAAUUUAUACAAGAAAACAGCUGAAUUAAUUUAUUUAAUUAACGAAAUAUACAAUAAUGAUGAAGAUAUAUCAAAGGAAGUAGGAAAUUAUGUUAAUACCCAUAACAACCGUGAGAUGGCGUUAAAACAAGUUAUGAAGUUAAUACAAAAGAAUUACGAUGCAAGCAAAGUGUACAAAGAAAGACCAAAAGUUAGAAUGCAUUUUAUUAGUAAUCCUGAAGUUUUGGAACAAUUUAAAAGCGUUUUAGAAGAGAAAGAAUCGAGUUCAUACGAGGACGAAAGUGUCGCAAGCAGGAAGUUAAAGGAAAUCCUCAGGAGUCUGAGGCGACAGGCUGUUUUCCGAAUAGACGAUCCUGAAUCACAGGAGAAAACAGUUCCUGAAGAACAGCGAAAUGCAGAAGCAAUACAGAAAAGUGCAGAAGACAACGAAAAAGCAUAUCCACUAAAAAAAUCAAACGUCCAUAACAGUAGAAAAAAAGAAGAAAGCAAAGAAAAUAUAGAAAACAACGCAUGGGACGUAAUAACUAAAAAAUACGACUGGGAUAAAGAUAAUUGGGAUGCGAAAGAUAAAAAAGAUUGGGGAGGCAAAGGUGGUAAUAUAUCAGAUGAGAAAAAAAGCAAAAAGGAUGUUUGGGGGAAAGACAAAGAUAUGUGGGAUGAUAAAAAAGACAAAAAGAAAGAAGACAAAUGGGACGAUUGGGGACAGAAAGAUAAAAAAGAUAAGAAUAAAGGACUGAAAGAAGAAAAACAUCUACAAACUCGACGAAUGGGGCCAGAAGGAGAAAAAUGAUGCACGGGAUGAUGUAGGUAAAGAUAAAAAGAAGGAUAACUGGGACGAUUGGGGGGAAAAGAACGAUAAAAAAGACAGCACAUGGGAUGACGUAGGAAAACACAAAAGAAAAGAUAACUGGGACGAUUUAGGACAAAAGAAUGAUAAAAAAGACAAGUGGGAUACUGGUAAAGACAAAAAGAAAGAUAGCUGGGACAACUGGGGACAACAACAAAAGAAAGAAACCUCAAAUUGGAGUGUUAAACUAAAAAAGAAAGUUGACAUUAAAUGGGAACAGCCUAAAAAUAAAAGAAAAGGAAGCGACACGAAAGAUAAAAAGAACGAUUGGGACACUAAAUGGCAGAAGAAAGAUAACUGGGAUAAUUGGGAGGCAACGACGCGACAAAAACGAAAAACAACAAAAAGAAAGAGCGAGAGUUUUAAAAAGAUUAACGAAUGGGAACAUUAUAUUCCCAAAGUCCAGAGUAAGCCUAAAAGACACGAAUAUGACAGAAAUAUCCCGGCUGGCGCUUUUGGAAGGACGUCCAUACCUUUUGUAGGAAAAAAGGGAAUAUAUGAAGAUAAAUAAAAUGUUUUACAGUU